AAAAACUCGAAUAACUAAUUUCAUCAUAUCAAAAACAGGCGUUUGCAUGGUUUAGUGAUCUUCUGGUGGAACAUGCUGAAAUAUUUUGGUCUCUUUUUGCUGUGGAUAUGGAUCGCGUUCUGUCUGAGCAACCGCCAGAUACUUGGGAUUCAUUUCCGUUAUUUCAAAUACUUAAUGAUUAUUUACGAGUUGACGAUAAUCUUCGAAAUGGCAGAUUUCAUCAGCAUUUGAGAGACACAUUUGCUCCACUUGUUGUACGAUACGUGGAUUUAAUGGAAUCGUCUAUAGCACAAUCAAUACAUAAAGGAUUUGAAAAGGAACGGUGGGAAAGUAAAGGGAUAAAUGCAGCUCUGAAUCCUGCUGCCCUUAACAAUGCAGCGCAAGCACUUAAUACUGCAGCACUAAAUCCAGUGGCAUUACUAGGUGCUAAAAAAGAUCAAGUCAAUUUUUAUAUACCAAAACUACCACAACGGGUCGCUAGUGCUACCGAUGAUACGAGAAAUGGGUGCGCUACGUCUGAGGAUCUGUUUUGGAAACUUGAUGCCUUACAAUCUUUUAUCCGAGACCUGCACUGGCCAGAUGUUGAAUUUCGGCAACACUUAGAACAACGAUUAAAAAUGAUGGCAGCUGAAAUGGUAGAGCAGUGCAUACAGCGCACCGAUGCGUCUUUUCAGACAUGGUUAAAAAAAAACGUUGCCUUUAUUUCUACGGACUAUAUAAUUCCUUCAGAAAUGUGUGCUAUGGUUAAUGUGAUAUUAGAUGCUAAAAACCAAAGCUUUAAACUUACUACAAUAGAUGGCAUUGAUAUGUAUAAGUUUCAUGCGAAAAUUGACGACCAAAUAGAUAAAGCGAAUGUAGCAAUGACACAAGGACUUAGCGGAAAACUUAUGUCAGUGUUAGACUCGACUUUAUCAAAAUUGGCACGAUACGAUGAAGGCAGUUUGAUUGGUUCAAUCCUUAGUUUCACAAAUGUAUCAAGCUCAGGAAAAGACUUAGGACAGGGUUACGUGAAUUUCUUCCGAAAUAAUAUGGAUCAAAUUCGAGGAAAAAUUGGAGAUGAUUUAUGGACUUUAAAUUUUUUCGAACAAUGGUAUACGCUUCAGAUUAAUAUGCUUUGUAAUUGGUUGUCAGAACGUUUGGAUCACUCUUUGCACUAUGCACAGGUGAUGUCUCUCUCGCACAUUACAAAGAAAAUAUAUUCCGACUUCGAAUUACAAGGCGUUCUUGAAGACAAAUUAAAUUCCAAAGCAUAUCAAACUGUUUCUCAGAGGAUGGCUACUGAAGAAGCAACAUGUGCACUAACCAUGCCAGAUGUUGGCGAUUGCGAAGACACUGACGAGGCUAAGGGUGAAACUGGGGAAGAAGAAGACAAUGAAGAAAGUGUACCAGUUAAUCGUGGCUUACCUAAACCAAAAAUUGCAGCCGCCCAAGCUGCGGCUGUUACAAAUGUUGUCGCUGGAAGAGUUGGAAAUUUAUUGGGGAAGGGAAUUGGAGGACUUAGCUCAAAAUUAGGAGGUGGAGGAUGGUUUUAAAGAAUAAUAUAUUCAAUAUCUAUUUGAAUAUGCGUUAUGUAUUAAGAACACAUAAUUACGUAUAUAUAUUUAUACAUACAUAUAUAUAUAUAUAAAAUAAUAU